CAGUAACCAUGUCGACAAUUAUGUCUGAAAAUGUACAUGAACGUUGCUCUGAAUUGCCUAAUUCUGAAACUCGUGCUUUAUUUUCUUGCAAAAUUUGUUUUGAGCCUUAUUCAAAAUGUCUUCGAUGCCCCAUUUCAUUAAAUUGUGGCCACACGUUUUGUCUAGUUUGCAUCCGGAAGUUGGGUAUGAACAAAAGUACUAUUCAGUGUGGGAUAUGUCGCAAGAACACUUAUGCCAAUUAUAAACGACUUGGGAAGAAUAUUGUUCUUACGGAACUUUUGGAAUGGAUGAAUAUUCUCGUUAAUGACAUUGAUUCUGAACCAACACUUGAGGAAAAACUAGCAGAUGAGCAGCAAGUUGCAACGUUUGAUGCUCUUGUCCACAACUGGCCUACUUAUGGUACUCUUCAACGUCGAUUAGAUAAGCGGGUUCAAGAUUUGCGUUGUGAAAUGUCUGCAGUAGAAGCGCAAUUACGUCAAGCUGGGGAUACUUAUAGAGAUAUUUUAGUUAAAUUGGAGGAACUUCGUUCUGAUUUAAAUAACCAGAUAGCUUCUUAUCAACUUGAAGAACAAGAUGGGCAUAUUUCACCUUUUAGAGAUGGAGAUAAUUGGGAUUUUGAUGACAUUGGAGGUUGGGGUGGUGGAGGGGGAGGUAUGGCUAGCCCCCCACCAGUUGUUUUGCCUAUGCCUGUUUCCGAUGAUAGUGACCGAGAAAGCGCCAAUAACCAACGUGAACGUCGUCGAAAUAAUCAUGGAUGGAAUUACAACAAUAACAAUCGUAGAAUUCGCCCACGGACACAAUAUCAAGUUUUAGUUCUUUCCGAACAUCCAAUUACAUGCCAGCCAUUGCCGGCACGUUCACCUGAAGAUGAUUGGGGCUCGUCUAGCGGAUGGAGUGACAACGAAGACGACAAAGAAAAUGGCAAUGCCAGGGCUGGAAAUAUUGGCGACAGCCUUGAUAUUAAUGUUGACAGUAAUGUGACUACAAAACAACAAGAAGGAGAAACGGAAAAUGAGAAACAAAAAAAUAAAGACGAGCAAGAGUCAAAAGGAAAUGAGCUGGUGAAAAAUCAAGAAGAAGCACAACAAUCAACAAGCAAUUGCAAUUCAAAUAAUUUUCGACAACAUCCUCCACGUUUGCAGCAGCGAGAUUAUCGUUAUAGUUCUCAAUACAAGAAUUGGUAUAAUUAUAGAAAGAAUUAUUAUCAACGUUCAAAUGGUAUAAAACAAUCAGAAGAUGGGACGGCUGAAUUGAUUUAUUAUAAUGGCAAUGGAAAUGUAAAGAUUACAGACAAAAUUUAAAUUUUGACUAAGAAAUGGUUUAAAUUAUUUAUUUAUUUGAUUUUUUUUUGUCUUUUUGGUGGUUUUAAUAUUUUUUGAAAACUUUUUGUUUUCUCUUUAAUUUAUUUAACAAUUAUAGCCAAAUUUAUAUUUAUUUUAAUUUUUUUAAAAUGAACACAUUUAAAAAUUAUUUUAAAAAUUCUUUCUCUAUUUAUUUAAACUUCACUUUUUUGGUUUUAAAUUAUUUAUUGUUUAUGGCAAUAUUUUUACUUUUAACUUUUUAUUU